UUGCGCCAUUCAGUCUCGUCUGUGAUACAGCCACGGGUGGCGUUCAUUAAUUUGAACGACUACGUAUUAAUUGACACUCAAAGUAAACGAAAACAAUUUUCAAGCAUUCCAUUGCAAUAGGCAAAAUAUUUGCAAGAGACGCUUCGGUUCUAAAUAAAAAUAACCAUAGAUGCUUAUGCAAAACAAAUAAGUGUGAUUAUGUAUGUAGUUGUAUAUUUCCUAGAUAUGUGUACAUAUGUGAACCGCAAGUGAAUUGAUGAAUUUCUAAAGAAUUUUAAUUUGAAAAAAAGUGCGCUAAUAAAAUUACGCUAUUGUGACGUGAAAAUUGCAAUAAAACAAAAUUAACAUUGUAACUUUAAGGAAUACGAGUAUGCAUUAUCCUCACCGGCUGGUAAAUCACGCGAAAAAAUACAACAGCGACGGCAAUGAAAAUGAAUGAAAAUGCAGCUGAGAAUAUGACACAUUCGGUGAGGAAUGGAAUGGAGACUUGUAGCAAUAAAAAUACUGACACAAAUAAAUGCAAUUCCACGCCAACAAAGUCAUCACAUAAUAUUAGAGAUGGCGACAGUUCAUCGGGAAAUUCUAAUGAAGCCAGAUCUUCAACUGCUCUGUUCUCUGCACCAGGUGUAAACUCAAAACAGCAACUUGUAAAAAACGCAAUUUCGAUUUGUUGGCAGAAAUCUCUGCAGUGCGUCACAAACAGUGGCAAACCCGGCAGUCCAUCGGCCAAAUACUUUAACUGGUCAUAUCGGUUGCUACGUCGCAAGCAAUUGAUAAUUUUAUUAAUUUUUUUGGUCUUCGUAUUCUAUUUGAGUAGUUCGAUACGCGCCAGCAACUAUGCAGAUGAGCGCAUACCCGUGCUGCACUACUCACAUGUGCCGGGUAUGAAGGUGACCACAGAAUCAGUAAACAAACAAAGGCUGUUCUCGAAUGGCGAGGGUGAUGUGAAACCAUUACUGACACCACCAGCCGAUACUGAACUACCAUUGCCACCAUCUACACCGCCGUCAGUUCUUAAACUCAUUAACACGUCGCCAGUUGACCAAACAACAAACACCAAAGAAUCUCUAAUUGAUUCAAACUUUGAAAAUCCUCUAACUAAUGACACAAAUACAAUCAUACGACCACCCACAGGUUAUCUUGUUUGGAGUGAUUUGUGCCGAAUACCUGACGUGGAUGUGCAUGCACCGGAUAUAAUGCAACACUUCAAGCGUGAAAAAUACAAACCGUGCUCGAACAAGAAACCCCUAACAACAGUCGUCUUUAAUUUGACUUCACAGGAGUACGUGCUGCAAGUCGAGGAGAGUGAAAUAAAAUCAUUCAGCAAAUCGGGCCGGAUAAAUUGCUGCUAUCAGACUAUAAUACGCAAUGGGACCGGUGCAAAAGCAGACGAAGACUAUAGACUUGGAAAAUGUGUUCCUUUUAAAAGAAAAGUCUCUCUACCGCCUUCGAUCCACAGCAUUUUAGUGCAGUGUGAUUCCAAAAAGCGAAAUGUCUAUAAAAACGGACAUCCUUUAAUUAACGAACAACCAGACGUACGAGAACGUUUGAAAACAUGGAAAGAAAAGGAUGCUAAGCGAGGACGCACGAAACCGCCCAGCGUUCUAAUGAUCGGCAUUGACAGUAUUUCGCGUGUAAAUUUGAUACGAGCCAUGCCGAAGACAGCGCAACAUUUAUACGACAAUGAAUGGUUCGAGUUGAGUGGCUAUAAUAAGAUAGAUGACAAUACAUUUCCGAAUUUUAUGGCCUUACUUGCUGGUUACAAUAAAUACAAUACCGUGGAGAAAUGCCCUCCAAGGGUCUUGGGUGCCUUAGACAAUUGCAGCAUUAUCUGGAAUGCUUUCCGCGAGCAUGGCUAUGUCACGGGCUAUGGCGAAGAUGCUGCAGAAAUCAGUACUUUCAACUAUUAUAAAGUGGGUUUCGUGAAACCACCCGUUGAUUACUAUUUACGUCCAUUCCAACUCGCUGCAGAACAUCAUUUAUAUAAAACUUUAAAAUCAGGUCUCACCUUCUGUCUUGGCUAUCAGCAAUCGGCACAAUUUGUGCUGGAUUACGCCAUUGAAUUCGCAACACGUUUCAAAGACGAUCCGCUGUUUGGUUUAUUUUGGGCGAAUUCCUUUAGUCACAACAACCUGAGUGAUUCCUCAUCGAUGGAUAUUGUAGUGCUUAACUAUUUGGAGCGUUUGGCAAAGUUGGGCAUACUCGAUCGCAUGAUAGUCGUUUUCUUCAGCGAUCACGGCCUUCGUUUUGGACCCGCCCGUACAACAGCUUCCGGUCAUAUGGAAGAACGUCUACCAUUCAUCUUUAUAUGGUUACCGCCGUAUCUUAAACAAAAAUAUCCAAGUUUUGUGAAUGCUUUGAGUGUGAAUAAAAAUCGUCUCACCACACCAUAUGAUCUGCAUAUGACACUCAAGCAUUUCCUUAAUUUGUCUCAGCGUAUUGACGAUAAGGACAAGGCAAGAGUCCUAAGUGCGGCUGAGGGUUGUAAGAGUUGUCAAACGCUUUUAGCGCCGGUACCAUUAGAUCGCUCUUGUAACGACGCGGCUAUCGAAGAGCACUGGUGCACUUGUAUUCCCUAUACCAAAGUAAAUAAAAAAUCGAAUAUCGUACAAAAACUGGGUAACCUAACGGUUAACUAUAUAAAUGAACUCGUGCGCAACUUCCGCAACGGCACAUUGACUUCGCUCUGCCGCACUUUGCACCUCGGCAAUGUGAUAAGUGCGCAUCGCUCAAAUGAGGCUUUUCGACCAAAAGACAUAAAUGGCACAGCACUGGAUGUUUAUCGGCUUCAUUUAGUUACAAAACCGAAUAGUGCAGACUUUGAGGUAACUCUGCGGUAUAAUCCAGAUACUGAGAGUAUUCAGUUUACAGGUGAGAUAAGUCGCUUGAAUUCGUAUUUCAAAGAUUCGCAUUGUGUGUUGGAUAGUUUCGUUAAGAAGUACUGCUCCUGCGCAUAGCACAAAGCGGUCACUACUACAGCGCCGAAAAAUAGAACACCGAGUAAAGCGAAGUGAUUAUUGUGGACCGCCUUCCAGCGUGGGAGGUGAAUACCG